AUGAUGGCAAGUGCUCCUCCGCGGAGAACUGACAUGGCGUUUGUGGACGGCGCCGCAGACACCACCGAGGUGGGGAUAGCGGAGACUGCCGCCGCCGCACCUCCCUCUACCUUCGUAGGCAAGGUGCGGCACUACUACGCACAUGCACUGGACGGAGCACGCCGGCGACUCGCCAUGGUGCGUCCAUGGAAGGACUUCUUCGACCGACAGAGCUUUUCGCCUCCGUCGGGCCUCAAUGAUUCCCUCAGUCGCCUCAACCGCAACAUCAAUCACUACUACCACAACUACAUCAUCAUGUCACUCUUGUGUUCUUCGUAUGUGUUGCUUCUGAAUCCAACUUUUUCCUUGUGUUUUUUGCUUACUGCGGCGAUGUGUUGGUUUGUAAGUGCAAAGCGGGUGGAGGCGGCGGAAACGAACAGCAAUCACUUCACCGUGUCGAACCACAGGAUUACUUUCUCGCAGGCGUAUCUGUUUAUUAUACUGUUUGCUGGUCUUUCCUUUUUCCUCACGAAUGGUAGUUCGGUGGUGUUCUGGCUGGCUCUGUCGUCCGUAGGCGUUGUUGCGGCACACGCGGUGACGCGCAAGCCCUCGGUGGAGGAGCAACCGUUUUCAUUUGUGUAG